CCCGGCCCCUUUGCAUUGCGCAUGGGCCCUCCCCGCCGGGUGGCCAUGUUGCAGUGCUAGCAGGCAGCGCAGAGGCGGCGGGCGGCGGCGCAGCGCAGACACCGCACCGCGAUGGCCGUGGCCGUGGGCAGACCGGCGAACGAUGACCUCAGGAACCUGUCGCUGUCUGGCCACGUGGGCUUCGACAGCCUCCCAGACCAGCUGGUCAACAAGUCAACGUCACAGGGCUUCUGCUUCAACAUCCUGUGUGUGGGCGAGACCGGCAUCGGCAAGUCCACGCUGAUGGACACGCUCUUCAACACCAAGUUCGAGAGCGAGCCCGCCACGCACAACGAGCCCGGCGUCAGGUUGAAAGCGCGGAGUUACGAGCUCCAGGAGAGCAACGUGCGGCUCAAGCUGACCAUCGUGGACACCGUGGGGUUUGGCGAUCAGAUCAACAAGGACGACAGCUACAAGCCCAUAGUGGAAUACAUCGACGCACAGUUCGAAGCCUACCUGCAGGAAGAGCUGAAGAUCAAGCGGUCCCUGUUCAACUACCACGACACGCGGAUCCACGCCUGCCUCUACUUCAUCGCUCCCACCGGCCACUCGCUCAAGUCCCUGGACUUGGUCACCAUGAAGAAGCUCGACAGUAAGGUGAACAUCAUCCCCAUCAUUGCCAAGGCUGACACCAUCGCCAAGAACGAGUUGCACAAGUUCAAGAGCAAAAUCAUGAGCGAGCUGGUCAGCAACGGCGUCCAGAUCUACCAGUUCCCCACCGAUGAGGAGACGGUGGCCGAGAUCAAUGCCACCAUGAGUGUCCACCUUCCUUUUGCCGUGGUUGGCAGCACUGAGGAAGUGAAGAUUGGCAACAAGAUGGCGAAAGCCAGGCAGUACCCCUGGGGUGUCGUGCAGGUUGAGAAUGAAAACCACUGCGACUUUGUGAAGCUGCGGGAGAUGCUGAUCCGAGUGAACAUGGAGGACUUGCGGGAGCAGACGCACACCCGGCACUACGAGCUGUACAGGCGCUGCAAGCUGGAAGAGAUGGGCUUCAAGGACACGGAUCCGGACAGCAAACCCUUCAGCCUCCAAGAGACGUAUGAAGCCAAGAGGAACGAAUUCCUGGGCGAACUCCAGAAGAAGGAGGACGAAAUGAGGCAGAUGUUUGUCAUGCGAGUGAAGGAGAAGGAGGCAGAGUUGAAGGAAGCAGAGAAGGAUCUUCACGAAAAGUUUGACCAUCUAAAGAGGACUCACCAAGAAGAGAAGAAAAAGGUGGAAGACAAAAAGAAGGAACUUGAGGAAGAGCUCAACAACUUUCAAAAGAAGAAGGCGGCAGCUCAGCUAUUACAGUCACAGGCUCAGCAGGCAGGUUCUCAACAAACCAAGAAAGACAAGGACAAGAAAAACUUCUUCUUUAUGUAGCCGUCACCUUGCCAAAGCCCCCACACCCUCUCUCCCAGUGGACCGCAGGGCACUGGAAGAGCUGCGGAUCCGGGUCCCCCUGCCGGGAGAAGAGCCAUCUCAUUCCUCCAUCACGUCUGCCCUCCUCUCCUUCCCCCUUUGUUCCCACCCGUGCGUCUGAGGGUGUGCUGUGCUGUGUGUCUGUGCGGGAUCUGCCCGCUCCGACGGCUCCAGGCUUGCAGCGCUGCCGGAGGGAGCGGCCGCCGGAGGGAGCUCGGCCGCGCUGUGACUCGUUGCUCUGGGUUAGUUGGAUUUUCUUGCCUCCCUCCCCGCUUUGUUUGGCCAUGACAUGCGCACGCCGCUGGUGACACACAGGAUGACAGACUGAGGGUGAGUGUGCGUAGCUGGGGGAUGUAAUUUCUGCCUCAAGCCUGGCAGCUUUGGACACGGCAACUUCAUCUCCAGGGCGUCCUGCGCUCCUCUGGCAUGGCUGGAAAUCUCUCCAUGGAGCUGGUGACGUUCUCAGUGUGUCACUGUGUGACGGUGGAUGUCCCAUCCUGUGGCACGGAUGGAGCCUGUCCUGGACAGUCAAGGCCUUAUUUUCUGGCAGUGCCUCGCCGUGGGCAGAGCAGGAUUCUGGUUUUGUACAGCUGAGCUGCUCUGGCUCGCACUUGGAUCCAGGGCUUCGUUUUGUUUUCAUGAAGCCUAAUUAGCGAUUAUUUUUUUAACAGUCCUGAAUGUGGGCAAGUUGUUAAAAUUUCUACCUUGUUUACUUUGGAAGUGAACUCAGUCGGAAAGUUUGACAAGUGCCAAAGGAUUGCGUGAAGGCAAAACCAAAACCUGUAAAGGUGUGUAGUGACCUCCAGCUGGUUUGGGCUGGAGGGAAGGAGGCAGCCCCAGCCUCUCAGAGUGUUGGUUGGUGCAGAGUGCUGCACUUUGAUUUUUAACCGAAUACUAGUGAUUUAUUCUUUGCAUCGGUGAACCUUGAUCAAGGACUUCCCUUCCUUUACCCUGCCAAGGUACAGCUACCCUGAGUUGGUCUAGGUUUGGCCUCUGGCACUCGCUGUGUGACGUGCCAGCUGCUGAGGGGCUCUGCUGGAAGCUGCCAGGUUUUUUUUCACAAGCACAGUAUUUUGCAGCUCUCUUCAGUGACAAGGGUCAGCUGCCUGCGGCCAGGUGAAAGAAAAACUGCUUGUCCUGGAAACCUUUGCAACCAAAGAAGUGACUUUACAGGUACAUCCGGAAGGGUUAUUGAGUGUUGGCCUCAUGUGUGCUGUACCCUGGUACGUAGCUGGACUUGCUGCCUGCUGCCCAGCCCAAAGGGCUGUGAAUAUUUGUGCAAGUGUAGCUUGGGGCAGGGCUUGCAGUGAUACCAAAACCAGAGCCUGCCCCGCUCACGAGGCUGCAAUGGCCUGGAGAUGGUACCCAGUGCCUGCCACCAGAGAGCCAGGUCGGAAACCUGUUCAAUUCAGCCUUGUGACAACAAAGGAGCGUUGAGGCCGUUGCUGGAUUAAACCUUGGCUGUGGCUGUCCCUGUCUUGCUCUGCAGAACUCUGUGGGUGUUUGUCUUACCUGGGAACCACCACUUGCAGGAUGGGAUCCCUGCGUGCCCCAGGCCAGCAUUCCUACCAAAAAGCCACGGCUUGAGCUGCACCUUUUCAGAAAAAAAGUAGUGAGUAACCAUGCAGCCUGAAAAUAGGGGUUCAUCUUGCGGCUGAGGGCUGCUGGGGCUCAGGGCAUGCUGGUGCUCGAGCCCCUCCUGUGCCUCACGCAGGCCAGUGUCCCCCUGGCCCAGGGUUCUCUGCACGCCAAGCUGGUCAUUGCUGACUGAGAACCUGCUAAUGGCCAGGCUGUCUUGGUUUCCAGUGGUUUUCUUGCCCAGGUAGCCUCCUGAUUGCCUGCCCAGCAGCCACCCCAGCUGCUGGAUGGCUCCUGCAGGCUUCUGUGAGACCCUCUGCCAGGGAGGGAAUCCUCUCCUUCUGUUCCCCUCUGUCCUCACUCCUCUUUGUUGUUGUUCCUUGUGAAGUCCAGACGGGAUUAUUUUCAAAGCCUGAUGUAAAGAGAAGCAGCUGGGCGCGCCCCGAGUGCCAGUACUCACACGCACUGCCUUUCUUUUGCAGCUCUGUAGAGUUUUGCCGUGCUGGUGCCUUGGGUCCUGCUUGCGGCUCUGGAGCCCGUGUCUGCGGGAGCGCCGAGCGCAGUUAGAGAAGGGCACUAAUGGGAAUGGGGAUGGAGCAGCAGCGGGCCAGGUGAGGCGGCUCCCUGUGGAGAGGGCAAGGCAGAGGUGAGGGAGGAUCAGCAGCGCCUGGCCUCUAGAGGUCCCCUGCAGCCCGAAUUUGUUUGUGGCUGUUGGAAAGCUCGGUGGCGGUGCGCGCCGAGCUGCCGGUCACCACCUCCUCACAAGCUGGGCUCGGCUCGAAGGGAACGGGCUCAAAGCAUGCAGCAGCUUUCUUACAGAGCAGCUACUAAACUUCCGGGGUUUGGUUUUUUUAAUUUUGUUUUGCCCCAGGCUGUUGAGGUGGACGGUGUCAGCAGAAGGUUUUGGGGUUUUUUAAGAGCAGAUUCAGGGAGAACAGGUCCAUAAGGAUAACAGUCGGACCCCGUUGGUGGCGGUCAGGGCGCAGGGAAGGGAGCAGAAGGCGCGGGCGCUGCCGGCGGAGUCUGUGGAGCGAGGGGCGGAGCUGCCGCAGGCUGGUGGGGGCUUUCCCACAGCCCGGGGCUGGAGACGGGCUGGCGACGUGACCUUCAGCUGCUUCCUGCAUGGCUGCCGCUCUCGGGAAGAGCUGUCAGCGCGGGGAGGGGGCGGUCAGGGAGGUUAUUUGUCACCGAGCGUCCCCCAGCAAAGCAGGGGAAGCCGCUGCAUCCACUGCCACUUGGAAAGUUGCGCUUUGGGGUUAACCCUUGUGUGGCUGCUGCAGAGGAUCCAUGCUCGCGUGUCCGGCGGGCAAAUCCUUCGGGGGCUCGGCGAAGCCGGGUGCUGCCGGGAGCAGCGCAGCGUGUUGAGGGGCAGCUGGGAUUGCAGCCCCUCACAAGCAGCAGCGCUCUGCCGGGAUGUGGCUGCUGUGCCUGGGGAGCUGCCUGGCCUUGGGGCACUGAGCAAACCCUUGGGUCUGGGAAUGCAGCGCUUUCAUCCCAGUGCUCCUGUGGCAGGUGCUGGGCUCCUGGCCUGCAAUGCUCUGGGCCCCCCUGCAGCACAGACCCCGUGUUGGCAUCUUGGGCUGGUCGUCCAUGAUACGAAGCACUGAGGUUUGUGGGAAGGUCACAUGGAUGUGAGGAGUGAAGGGCAUCAGGGAAUGUUUUCCUGUGGGGAACAAGGAACCCUGGCAGUGCUCCAGUCCAGCCCUGUGCUCCAGCAGGGGAGCAGCAGGGAAGGCAGCCUGCUGCUGGAGGUGAUGGGGGCCAUGCAGGGUGGGGCUGGAGCGGGCAGCUGCUGCACUUGCUCCAGGGAACAGCAAACACGACAGGCUGCUCUCAGAGGCCACAGCCAGAGAGGUGCCAAGCAUCCAGGGCCUAUGCUGGGACAGCAGGAUGCUGCAGAGAUGGCUCGCCUGGACCUGGGACAGGGUUUGUGCACGGCAGCAGGGAAAUAAAAUGUGUCUGUGUCUCUCUGCAGCCCACUGGGGCUGGGGCACGCCUGUGCUUGGGACUGGGGAGCGGGAAUGCUGCCUCGGCAGCCAGGGACACCGAGUCCUGUCUCUGCAGGUGUUUGCCUCCCCGGGCUCGCCGGGUCAGCGCUGUGGCUUGGCCAGCUCCAGGCAGCACAGUGAAGCCAGGAAAGGUUUGGGGCAGUUCUGGGAGAGCCACAGUGAUGCUGUUAAUUGGGUUUUGGAAGAGCUCUCCCUUCAAGGCUGGCACCAGGUGGGGCAGUGCACCGCCUGCUGCUGUCCUGUGGCUUUGGCAGUGGGAAACAGUGACAAGGACACAGUUAACUUCCCAGCGCGACACACAGCCACGGCUGCAGCACACCUGGGACAGCAAACUGCCCCAGAGCCGCCCAAAUAUCGCCCGAGGCCCAGCUGCCCUCCUUGCUGCUCGGGCCAGGCCCCUGCCAGCUGGCACAGGCUCCCUGCUCCCACCCUCGUGCCAACUCCUCUCCCUGUGUGCAUCUGGGAGUGCCCGUGUGCUGGUGCUGCAAGCGGGAAUGUGGGAACGCACCCUUAAAUGUGGGGUGGAAAAGAGCAGGGCGAGGGGAGAAACCAGUGUAGUUUAACAGGGCAAGAUGGGUAACGUGCCACGGGCUGGAAGCAGCGAGCCCCAGAACUGGCGAUAUCCUGCAAUGACAGAGCGCUUUGCUUGGCAGCGUGCUUGUGACGCCUUGAGCCUGCUCAGCAGCCUGGCUUUGGAAAACCGAGCUGUGGGAUGACAAGGUCAGGGACUGAAAAUACUGUAAGGACGGCAGGAAGGGCUGGAAGGGAAGGAAGACACACACCCUGCUGAGAAAUGUGGUCUUAAGGGGGAUUUUUUGAGCCAUGUCAGGAAGAAGCCGGAACGCAGGAGAAGGCUGUGGCCUGCUGCAGUAAGAUGGCGCCUUGGAAGGGAGGGAGCAGGAGGGGCUCCAGGACAGGGGACAUGGAGCAGUGUCCCUGCCAGGCACUCAGCCCGGAAGGGCAGCAGCCGGGAGUGGAGCACCAGGGCCAAAGCUGGAACGGCUGCAGAGGCAACGAGUUCCUGCUGGGUCACUCCCCUGGCUGCCCAGCACCUCUCACGUCACCUUUCCAGGGGCCUGGCGCAGAGCAGCUCCCUGGCAGCCUCCAGGUAAAGCCGAGCCAGGUCCUUGGUGAAAAGCACAACACGCGAGUGGGAAUCCAGGACAACUUUCUUUAUUGCUACCAGAAGGCUUUCAUCAGUACAAUGGCUCUGGUUACAAUACCUUCCUCAGGGCUGUGGAGAGAGCUUACAGUCGGGACAGGGUGUUCUGAGAACAGGGUGUCACACGGAGGAGACGAGUUACAGGUCGGACUCUUGGUUAGAAGUUACAUGAACACAAAACUCGAGUAUGGGGUGUUUUGUUUUGGUUCUGUGCCUGAUGUUGACACAAGUUCCAAACCUCAGACGUCCGCAGCUGCCCCGGCACCUCACCCAGCAGUGCUGGGAAACGUGCAGGGAGAACUGGGCUCUGCACAAUUCGAGGGUUACAUCUGCUGGAGAGAACCAAGCCUUGGUGAGAAUCCACACUCAGUGCGACACAGCAAGGAAAAAUGGUUUCAUUCUAGUGAUGCAAAACACAGUGACUGCUUUCUGUGCUGGGAAAGGCAAACUGGAGUAACAGGGAGGAGUCUCCGUGCAAUGCACAGAGCACCUUCACCCUCCUGUGGGAGCUACUGAAGUGUGGAGCAGCUUGCAAGCAUCGGUUUUGGGUUUGUUUCCUGCCUCAUCUUUUGUUUAAAUCCAGUUUUUCCAUAUUAUCACGUUUAAACACCCAACUAUGAACGAAAGAGGUUUUCUGUUUAGAAGGGCAAAAGAAAGCUGUGGUGGAGGUGGGGCAGGACAGAAUGUCAUGCACGAGACUGGCCAAGAACUAAAAGAGGAGCAGGCAGAAAGGGAGCAAGGAGCGGGUGGGAAUGGGAGCGGAGAGGCGUUAGUUGGCUGGAAACCCGGAACGGCUCCGCAGGGCUGGUGUGAGCUCUCGGAUGUGGAGAAUGGGUUACAACACACAGGAGCAGAAAAACA